AUGGCUGCCGCAUAUAGCCCCCAGGCCUCGAAAUGGCAGGACAAACUGAAUGAGUAUUGCACGCAGGCCAAAAUCGCCCCUCCCGUCUACAAUUUCUUUACUGAUCGUCGAGGAGGUCGCACGGCCUGGUCCACGUCCGUCACCAUCCAAAGCCCAACUUCGCUGUACCCUCUCAAGUUCAACGCGCGAUACUUCUACGACGGCACCAACAAUGCCCAGGAGGACGCUGCCGAGGUAGCCCUGGGAAAGCUGCCUCCCCUCCGCCAGGCGUGAUGACCCAGGGGGCGAGCGGUGCGCGCACGCGCGCGAGAGAGAGGCUGUAUUUCUAGCACUGGUUUUGGCUGCCGUUUGAUAACUCUUCGUCGUCUUCUUCUUUUUUUCAUUCUUAUUAUUG